AUGCUGGAUGAGCGACAUGGACGUUGUCCAGAGACGUGCCAUUGUCCUGAAGGCUAUCCCCAAUGCCAGGAUGGCGUACCCGUGGUCAUGGAUGGAUGUGGCUGCUGUCCUGUUUGUGCUCGUCAACAAGGGGACGUUUGUAACACCAUACAAGUAUGUGACGUCACCAGGAAGUUGCAAUGCACUUAUGUCGAUGCAUUUUCCACAUCUGGAAUAUGCAGAGUGCGACGAGGUCAAGGGUGUCACGUUGGACAGUCAGACUACAGAGAUGGAGAUACAUUUAAACUGGACUGCCGAACACAGUGCACUUGUCAGAAUGGAACUUAUGGCUGCGUUUCUUUGUGUCCUCACGAGAAUGUAAGACCUUCCGCUGAAUGCCAUCACCCACAGUUGGUCAAAAUGCAUGGAUCUUGCUGCAGAGAGUGGCUCUGCGAAUCUACACUGUACGAAGAUAGGAAAAAACACUGCCAACCAUACACUAGCGAGUGGACACCGUGUUCAACUACCUGUGGUAUGGGGAUUUCUUCUCGAGUGUCGAAUGCUAACCCUGAAUGCCAGCUGAAAAAUGAGACAAGGCUCUGUUUGCUUAGACCUUGCUCUGCUCUUAACGCUCCGGAAAUGACCAUUCCCCAUGGGCAUCAUGUAAGAAAAAACCAUAUGUGUAGAGCCACUGUCCGCAGCAGCACACCUAUCCGACUAACAGAUGAAGGAAACUGCACCAGCGUUGCGCUCUACCAACCCAAAUAUUGUGGAUACUGCCCCUCUCACCGCUGCUGCCACCCUAAAGUCACCACGAGCAAGAAGAUCCAGUUCCGAUGCGUCGACGACGAAGGCAUCAUCCUUAUCCAAAAGGAAGUCAUGUGGAUAAUGAAGUGCAACUGCACGACGGUUUGCUAAUGAUAGGACGAGGUCCUAAUAUCAAAUAACUUAUUGAUGCUACCGUCCAAUAUCAUUACAGAAUGUUUUUAGAAGCUAUUUGUUCACAAAUUGUUACGAAACCAAAGAUUUUAGAAGAAAAAUAACUCUUGUCGGAACACACUAGUUUCUAGACUGAUGUGUUCGAACUUUAUCGAUGAAGCGCACUUUUCAGUG